AUGGAGCUCCAAGCACCCAAGGGGUUGUUUGGCGGUUUUGGGUCCGAAUCAGCGUCGAUCCAGCCCUUUGGCUCCAUUCUACAGCCUCAGGUAUCCACGAGUGGCUUUGGAGGCAAUAACGGACCCUCUCCUGAAAAACACAUGCCCACUCCUUUUGGUCCGCCCCACCUAUUUGGUCUGUCCUCCAGACCCGCGGCUCAGGCUCAGGAGCCGGGGCUUUUUGAAGGUCAAAAGAUCCCGCUGACGAGGCCAUUGACUCACCAACCAAGCACCAUGCCCCAGAAAGGCUCCUCUCUUUUUGGCGCUAGAAAUUCUCCAUUUGGCGCCGGAGCCUCUCUAUUUGGAUCUGGAGACAAAACAGAUAGUGGCUUUGGGUUGCCGAGUCAAAGAUCCCCCAUGGAUCAUCAGCACACACAGACGAAGUCAGCUUUCAUCACUGCCAUCAAUCUUAAAGAUAACGAUAAGGUCGAGGAACUUCUAUCAACCACUGGUUCAGAUGAGAUUGAUAGAGCUUUAGAUAUUGUCGCAACCAGUGGUGAUCCGGCUCUUAUGAAAGUCCUCUUGCGUUCUGAACACGCAAAUGUGGAUGGCCUUGGCUGCGAUACUCCGCUCUUCCGGGCGUCACUCGGGCAUCAUAUCGAAGUUAUAAAGAUACUCCUUGAUCGAGGGGCAGAUCCAAAUAAGGGCUCGAGAGGUAUGCGCCCACAAGGCUGUGUUGUGGUCUCUGUUCCUCCAGGCGAUCAGCUUUCAAAUCCUCUACAUGCAGUGGCUGGAUUUCAUUGUCAGCGUGGCAUCAAUAGUCCUAGUGUGUUCAAGCAGCAAGAUGAAAGCGAGCUUAUACGAGCACAGGAAUGCUGCCAUUUACUCCUCGAUGCUGGCUGCAACCCAAAUGCUAAAGGAUAUUGCGGUUAUACGCCCCUUCAUAUAAGCGCUGGCAGUAACAUGAUCACUGUGGCGAUGACUCUUUUGGAGAACGGUGCAGAUCCCUUCAUCAUUGAUAAUACUGGCGCUGCUCCACUCAACCUGGUUAGGCCUUUCCACGCGUCCAUUCCUAUGAUUGAGCUUUUGACAGGCUGUGGACUCAAACUCGAUCGAAGUCACUCCUCAAAUGGGAGAGUGCCUAUCCUUGAUAUUUUCAAACACGAUCAUCAAGUCGAUCUUAAUUUUCUAGCUCCCCAUGUGACCAAUUGGAAUGUUGUCGACACAAAAGGAGAGACUCUACUACAUCAACUGAUGCGCUGCCGCAACACGCCAAGCCGUGAAUUCGUAGCAUCCUUGAUCAAUCUUGGGGCUGAUGUUCGACGUAAAAACCUUGAAGGUCUCGAGCCAAUCCAUAUUGCCGCUUCUACAUAUUGUGGCAGUAUGCCAAUGCCAAACAGCCCAGGCUUAGCACCCAUAAUUCAAUUGCUCGUCGCUUCCGGUGCAAAUAUAGAGGCAAGAGAUUUGAAAGGCCUGACACCGCUCCAUCAUGGCAUCAUAAGCGGCACUAAGAGCGAGGAUAAGGGACUGGAAAAAAUUUCCAUUUUCAUUCGCCAGUUCCAACCCAGCACCCAAGCCAUUGCCAACGACGGCAACGGUGUCCUGCAUUUCGCUUUACAGGACGGUCAGCCUAACGGCUUUUUCGGUCGUACUAAACCAUGGAAUCCAGACACAUUAAAUAUGCUCGCCAUGAAAGGAGCAGAUCCACUUCACGUCAACCAUGACGGAGAAACCCUGCUGGACACGUUGAUGCAAAGCACCAAUGCAAAGGCCGGUAAGAUUCCUUUGGGGAUCGUGCAGGCUAUAUUGGAUUUUGGAGUCUCUGUCAAAUCCCAAUGUAAAAAUGGAGACACCCUCCUCCAUGUACAGUGCCGGACUCGGCUGGAUCCUGAUAUUGGUGAUUGGCCAGACCAAAAAGUCACAGACCUCUUGCUUUCUUCUCUAGAUCUCGAAGCUCUUCAAAUGACAAACCACGCCGGCUACCAGCCAAUCCAUCUUGCAGCGACCAACUCAAAAUACCUUGUAGCCAAACUCUUGUCAAAGGGUGUUUCAGCAACUGCUGAAACGGGAUCCAAGCAGAAUGUGCUUCACUUGGCUGCGUCUGCUCGCGAAGGAAACAUUGUUGGCAUGCUUUUGGCCCAUUGUCAAAAGCAAGAAACAUUGAAUUUCAUCCUCGACAAAGCUGACAGCGAUGGUCGUACUCCUCUGCACGCUGCUUGCCAAGCUGGCUCGGCAGAGAGCGUUCGACUCCUGGUAGAAGCUGGUGCUCAACUCAGCAUGCGGGAUAAUUCCAACGAGACGCCGUUGGAGCUCUGCACGAGUUUGAUCGACGAGGUUGAGAAAUCGAGUAAGGAGUUAGUUCAGACUCGUUCGCGGGCUUUAAUUCCAUUUCAAGAUGCCAGGCUUGGGUGUGCACCGAAUACUCAACCUGUCGAUGCAGGACAAAUGAUGGAAAUCAUAAUCUUCCUCUGCCAUGCAACGGGGCAAAUGCAGCCCUUGAGAGGAGACUACGAUGUUGAAAUUAAUGACCGUUCUUUCCGCCUCAGAUGGCUGUGCUUUACACCCCUCAUUGUCCAAGGCCAUUAUGGCGUAUUUCGCAAAUUGAUCGAAUCGGGCAUGAGAUUUGCGCCGGGACAUAUCAAGGCUCAAUGGGACAGAGGCUUUGAUCUGCUUUCCGAUCUGGUGGACGGCGGGUAUACAUACUUGUUUGACAUGGUCGCUGAAUCAUCUCAGAGCAAAGACUGGAUCAAUGGAUCUGGCAAGGUGAUGCCGUAUCUGAUUUCUGCUACCAUGCGGAAUCAGCCCAAUAUGCCAAUUCUACGUCUGAUUGUGGAGAAAUACGGCGCUAAACUGGACAUAAAAGCGAAAGUCUGGAACUGCAUCUGGGGGGAUGAUCACCAUGGGGCUUUACAUCUUCUUGCAAGGGGUCAGAAUUGGUGGCAGCAUGAAGCGGUGAUAUUUUUGCUAGGAAAAGGUGCCAAUCCAGACUUGCAAGAUGACGUUGGGAGGACGCCAUUGAGAUUAGCUGUGAUCAGCUUGAUAAACGGAGCGCCUAUGAGCAAGGACAUUAUCAAAUCCUUACUAGAGAACGGCGCCAAUCCCAACUUAGCGGAUACAAAAGGCCUCACACCGCUGAACGAGAAGAUCAAUGACCCAGAAGUUGUCCAUCUCCUGCUCAGCUACGGAGGUCAAGUCACCAAGCCUGAUCGUUCAGCUGAUUUCCGUGAUGCUAUUCGCAGACAGGACCUCAACACCGUUAAAGAGUUCUUGGAAGAUGGACAGGAUUGCAACGUGCGCCUUUCUGUUAAGUCGCCGAAUAUACACAGUCCCUUUGGCCAGGCUCCCGGAAGCAAUGAUCAAUUUCCUCUUGAGAUUGCCAUACGCUCCCCUUGGGUGACUGACUCAGAUACGACCACGGCAUUGCUCAAAUUGCUCUUAGCAUACGGGGCAAAUUCUUUGCAACCAAGCUCUUAUAAUCAAGGAUCACUUAUUCUACACGACUUUAUCCGGCAUUCGAGGAAUAUCGAAGAAUGUCGACCGUUGCUCAGUCAAUUGGGUCUUGACAUUAAUGUGCGAGAUGGUCACGGCGACACUCCGUUCCUUGUAGCAUGCCAGUACAGUGAGCUUUCGGCUAAGAACACCCCAUUGCGCUGUUUGGAGAUCCAUCAAAGGGGUGCAGAUAUCAGCGUCUCGAACAACGAUGGGAACAACUGCCUUCACUACUUGGUAGGAAAAGCGAGGGACGGCCAUUCCGUGCGCGAGAAGCAAAAGGCAGUAUCGCUUUUCGUGAGUGAGUGCAGCGACCUAGUAAAGCAGUCAAACAAGAAAGGACUUACUCCUUUACACAUCGCUUUUAACUCAGAGGCAGAUUGGGCAUGGCAAAUUCUUCUCGAUGCAGGAGCCGAUCCCACUACUCCGAGCCCCACCGGAGCCACAGCGCUUCAUGCCGCCCUAAGCCUUUCUUCGGAUCAGCUAAAAUGGCUCAAUCAAUUCCAAAAUCAUGGCAUCGACUUCCAUUUGAAGAACGCAGCCGGUGAAACGCCUGUGUUCAGUUUUGUGGAAGCCACGUCUAGCAACAAACUUAACCGGUGGUACCUGAAUCCAGAGGUGGAGUUUCGCAACGUGAUGACUGAACUCAUGGCGCUUGAUUGCGAUAUCCAUGCUGUGAACACUAAGAAAGAAAAUCUGCUGCACGUCGUCACAAGGUCUCGGAAUGUUUGGAUGGGUGAACGUGAGAAGUAUCACGAGGGAUCUUUGGCUGUGUUCCAGAUGAUGGUCGAAUGGGGCUUAGACCCUAUGGCCCAGGAUAAUGAAGGCCGCUCGGCGCUGGACCGGGCUGCUUCUAACUCUCACCAAAAUAUCAUCGAUUGGUAUGCAAGCACCACGAAAAGGAAUUUACUCGGAGUGUAA